AUGGUUCAAGUCCGCGUUGCCGACGUUGUCGCCAUUCUUGCCGCCUUGUCUCCAUUUGGAGCGCCAUCUGUUCCAGUUCUGGAAAAGACUACCGAAAAAGGUCUCGACUAUGCCAUUUAUCUUCCACCCAACUUUAACCCCACUCAAUCCUACAAUCUGCUGGUGCAUCUCCAUGGGGCAGCCUCGCCCUACUUUUUCAUGCUACGGGAACUCAGGCUCACGGGAGAGCUCUUGGAACAACAUUCCGUUGACAACCUCAUUGUUCUGGCACCUCAUGAUGCCACCAAAUGGUCACUCUGGGUCGAUGGAGACACCAUUGACAUGGCCACCCAGGUCUUUGAUGAGCUGAUCCCACAAAUCAAACGUGAAUAUAACAUUCAGAAACAGUUCCUCCAAGGAUUCAGCAUGGGAGGGUUUGGUGCCGCUGUGCAUGGACAUCGCUUUGAUUCAACAGUGGUUUGGGAUGGAGCCUUGCAUGAUUGGGAAUCUCUUGAGAACAUAAAUCUACCCUAUAUCCAACACCAGUUUGUCAGGACCAACUUUACAGUCCAUCCCUACACGGGGACACCUCCAGCCAAGUCACUCCUCAUUGGUGGCUCUUUUCCCAGUACAAAAGCUCGGAGUGAACAAUGGAACCAAUACAUGCAGUCACAACCAGCAGUGGAACAUGAGUUUAUACCAACCACAUUGCCGCAUACAUACCGAUCGUUUGCGCUGGAACACUUUGACAAGGCCGUGGCAUUGUGGAAUUGA